AUGGUUCAGGUCAUGAUAUCCACUGCGGGUGGCAUUGAGGAGGACAUCAUAAAAUGCUUGGCUCCCACGCACCUUGGCGAAUUCGCGCUAGAAGGCACUGAUCUUCGACGGCGAGGCAUCAAUCGAAUAGGCAACCUUCUAGCACCGAAUGACAACUACUGCUUGUUUGAGGACUGGAUAAUGAAAAUCUUCGAUGCCAUGCAUGACGAGCAAGACAAAGAUGGGAUUGUUUGGUCUCCUUCAACGAUGAUUCAUCGCUUCGGGAAGGAGAUCAACAAUCCCAGCUCGGUUUGCUAUUGGGCAUAUCGCAACAACAUCCCACUUUUCUGCCCAGCGAUCACAGAUGGCUCCAUAGGGGACAUGCUCUACUUCCACAGCUACAAGCGAAGUGGCUUUGUCGUCGAUUUGGUGCAAGACAUCCGCAGAGUAAAUGACGAGGCCAUGAAAGCUCGGAAAACUGGGGUCAUCAUUCUUGGAGGAGGAUUGGUAAAGCACCACUGCAUGAAUGCGAACCUCAUGCGCAAUGGGGCCGACUUCGUUGUGUAUGUGAACACUGCCCAGGAGUUUGAUGGCUCCGAUAGUGGUGCGCGCCCGGACGAGGCGGUGAGCUGGGGGAAGAUCCGGAUGGAUGCCAGGCCUGUGAAGGCGCGUCAGGGAAGGCGACAGGGGGAAUGUUUUUUGGGUGCUUGGUUUUGA